AUGUCUUACGAGGAGUUACGCCCUAAGCUCGACGCAUUCGUCAAGGCUAAUAAGGUCGUUCUCUUUAUGAAGGGCGAUCCGGAAGCCCCUAAAUGUGGGUUUAGCAAGAAGGUCGUGGAAACAUUGAAAAAGGAGGGUGUGGAGUCGUUCGCCCACAUGAAUAUAUUGGCUAAUGAUAUGCUGAGGGAAGGCGUGAAGAAAUACUCAGAUUGGCCAACCUAUCCGCAACUGUAUAUCGAUGGCGAAUUCGUCGGUGGUUGUGAUAUUGUCCUUCAAAUGGCCGAAGAUGGUGAGCUCCAUGACCUCCUCCUUGAGAAGGGCAUCAUAAGCGCCUAAUAAAGCACCACUGCCGCUGUUCCUCUCCC